CCGACGACCUUUCGGUUUUAACACCAGUCGUUGUCGACUGAUAUAUAUUCUACCCCCCCACGUCAUCUAUUUCGCACACUACAAGAUCAUCAUGAACGACAACAACCAAGAUACCCCUUCUGCUAUCACAGGCGGAUGUCUCUGUAGUGCUAUUCGGUACACCGUCAACUUUAACGAAGAGUACCCAUGGCCACCAACUUCAUCAGCAUGCCAAUGUACAAUGUGUCGCAAGUGGACAUCCUCUCUGAUCGCCCAAUUCCUCGUCAUAUCCCCCAAGCAGAUCAGUCCAGCACUGGGCACUUUCGCAUCCUUCAAAGAGUACAUGUCCUCGCCUGGUCGAUUCCGUGGGUUCUGUGGUGACUGCGGCACGUCGCUCACAUGGCGCUCAGCUGAUUACACCCCAAUAUUUGAUCUGUACUUGGGGACGCUGGAUGAGAAAUACCUGGUUGGAGAUGGUGUCGUGGCCAAGACUCUCGCAACUCCAAACGGAACGCAGUACUGGAUGCAGAACUCCAUUCAUGUGAAAGGCAAAGGUCUCAAUCGCUCUGCCUCACGAAGCUCAAACGAAAUAUCUUAUUUGGUCGACCGCUGUACUGUUGGUGUCGGUGAAGAAAUGGAUGAGGUCUGUUGGGAAGGUGAAGUAGAAUGUGUUGAGUUGAUAAAAGAGGUGUAUUCCCUCGUUGAGGCUGUCCAAGUUAGGAAUAUGACAGUCGAUUUUGCAGAAACGGAUUCGCCCUUUGCGCGCCGUAUGAAUCCUGUGCGAUCCAAGGAGCUCGCGGUAGUUAAGUUGCCUAAUAUCGUGAUUGAGCUUGUUGAAGAAGAGGGACUUCUGGGGGCCCUCUCUAUAUUGCUGCAACCGAAAUGAUUGCAUGAUCAAGGUGGACCUUAGUCUAAACCGAUGAAAAGACCUAUGCAAGCCAAUCUUAGGCGAUACAAAG